AUGAUGGUUCAUGAGUCCGCUGCGCAUUGCCUCAUUCAGCUCAUACUGAUCUUACGCAGCUAUCUGGUGAACAACGUCCAUUCAAGUCCCACCACGGAUCCAACUCCGGCGGAUUUUGUUGGUUCCGGUUUGCCAGAAAAUAAUCCUUAUGCGAUUCUCAUGAGUGAGGAUGAGGCCGCGUGUGCUGCCGCGACGCGGUUGCUGGACAUUUUAGAAAGCGAGGCGACAAUGAGUGCGUUGUUGGCACGACUCACGGACAGUGAUCAGGCUGUCACAUCAAUUGUGGUCAAUUGCAUUGAGGUGUUUGUCACCAUUUUGGACAAACGAAGACCCGAGACGGGUUUUGCUCUACCAGAUGGUGAACCUGGUGUUGGGAUGAAACUGGAGAUGUUGCUAGGUGAGAAUUUGUGCAAUCCAGCCAAUAUUCUGCGAUCCAGUACAGCUUCUGGUGGCAGCGGUUUGGCAUCCUUAUCCAAUCCCGCUUCGUCCGGUGGAGAUUCUCGACCGAACGUGGCCAAUAAAUCAGAGUCGAUAGACAAAAUUCGAGUGGCUCAAGCCUCGAUCAAUCUGGCUCGUGCGUGUCAUUCACGUUUGAGCCAGUUGCAUGGAUUACUCCAACGAGCCCACGAGAUGUCACUCACUGCGUAUGAUUUGUUUUUCACAUUGUCUAUUUGCGUUAUCGCGUUCCACGGCGCAAUUAGUCGAAUCAUCUGUCGUGUGAUCCCGAACAAUAGUCCUUGUCAAACAAUUCCACUUCUCAUUUGUUGUUGA